AUGGCCGAAGCAGGUCCUUUCCUGAAUCGAAACAGGGCACGGAACACUAUUUUCCUGAAAGAAUACCAAGACCGAGGCCCAAUCCCGAAAAUUCUGUCAGACACUUCGAGGAUAGCGGGUGAGAGUAAACAAGAAUCUAAAUUCUGUUUCAAUGGAUGGAAUCAUAACUUUUUUAGUCCGUCAGAAACACCUUUAAAUGAUGAGCCUAGUUUGGACGACAUGAAAAUUAUUUGGCUCACCCUGCAAAAUAAUGGACCCAUGACAAGUUCAGAAAUUAUGGCAUCCGUCGGGCCUGAAACAAAAGGCCAAGUAAACGGUUGUCUCUAUCAACUAAACAGAAAAGGGUUUGUGAACACCAGUAAUGGAAACCCACCUCUUUGGAAUAUCUGUCAGCGGUUUCCUCAUCAGAGCAAUGGCGGACCUGGUGUGAUUGGCGCAGAAAGAAAACAAGAUAAAUUGUUCAGGCUUAGAGGCAACUACGAAGACAUACCUGAACGUCCUCGAAGGCAUUCAUUUAAUGCGUCCGAAAACAGACCACGCAAAGAAACGCAGGCUGUUGAUAAUUUGAGGCCAUGGGUGAAAACCAAUGGCAGCUUCUCCAGUCCUGGUGAAAGAAAUGCAUCGCACUAUUGUAAAUUGUGUCGAAUUCCAAUCAUAUCCGAGGCACAGUUCGAAGAGCAUCUAAGAAGCACAAAACAUCAAAACAAAAUUGCCAAGAUCAAUGCAGUUCCCUACAAGAAGUUUUGUGAAUAUUGCAAGGUACAUCUUAAUUCUGAAUCACAGGCCAAGGAACAUUUCAGCAGUGGUAGACAUGAACAGACAGUGGCAAAGUCCCAAAAGGCACCGCCCAAGCCACAUUUGCCAUUAAUCACCACCUCAGACGAAGAAACCUUGCAAAGCGAAAUAAAAUCAAAGCCUUACAGGUAUCAGUUUGAGUUGUACAGCAAGGCAAUGAGGACCAACGCGGUUUUCUUCCUUCCCAGCGGAAGUGGAAACGCGCUAGUGGCGGCGCUCGUUAUUGAGCGCAUGCUCAUGUUGAAUCCAUCUCGCCAAGUUAUUUUCCUUGUUGAUCGAGUUCUUCUCGUGCUACAGCAAAGUAAUUACCUAAGAAGAGAGUUGGCGCAUGUUCGAAUGCCAGACGAGGACAGUUCUAACUCUUUUAACGGUACUCGGCCUAUUCGCAUUGGUGCUGUUUGCGGCGAGAUGAGAAAACUGGAAGGAAAUGCAAGAGUCUAUGAGCAAGAUGUACUUAUCAUUACAGCCGAUUGUUACAGAAAUCAUUUGAACAACGGAACACUUCGAUUUGAGGAUGUCUCGCUGAUAGUUCUCGAUGAAGCUCAUCAUUGUAACAAAGACCAUCCUUACAACGUCAUCAUACGGGACUUCUAUUUUCGAGAGGAUGAUUUACUGGGGCACCGACCUAAAGUCCUGGGAAUGACUGCCUCGCCAGCCGGGGAGAUUUCCCUGGAUAAAACAACAAAGAAAUUACAACGACUUCUGGGAAACUUGGGCGAAGCCAAGCUUUUGACAGUGACAGAGUGGGUCGAGGAAUUGGAAGAAAAAACAAGCAAGGCCUCACCUGAGUGCGUCUCAACUUCAUACACGCAUUCCGAGAAAAAGCUGAUGGAGAUUUUAAUGGAGUACAUUACUAAGGCUUUCAAUUUAGCUGUACGACUGAGUGAGAUGAAGGAUUACAAAGACAUCUUCCAGCCUUCAUCUGGUGGCCUCUUCAGCAUCGAUGAUAUCCACCCUGUUCUACGUGUCAUAGACAAUAUUGUUUGUUCGCGCCCAGAAUCGAAUGCCUUGAGCUCACUGCUCCAUUUUCAACUCGUUUGCGAGGCGGUUUGCGCGCUCCUUGAGUGUGGAGAGAAAAUAGCGUUGAAUCACUUACAGGAACUAACAGUUGAGGGGUGUCCCCACGGAUUCCACUGGGCAGAAAAGAUGGGCCUGGAUUGCAGCAAAAUCUGGAUGCAUUUGGAAGCUAUUAUGACCCAGAGUAAGUUUCAUACUUCUAAUCAUUUUCCGGUUUACAUGUAACGACUAAUAUUGUUACAUGGGUAAUAGUACAAAUCAGUAAGUAAGGAGAAUUAAAAGAUUAAGCUACUAGCCUGGAAGAGAGGCUACUAGCCUAAUUUUUGAAGAGAGCGACAAUUGAAUAUCUUGCGAAUCGGUCAUCUGUUGGUGGGAAUCUCAGUUUCAUGGUAGAGAAACCCCUGCUAAGACCAAUAUUCGUUAAGGGCUGUGUUAUACAAUGGGAAUUAAUGGCUAAUAAUAACAGCGCAAUUGCUGCAAUAGCAAUAAAAAAGAAGGACAAUUCGUCAUCGUUAGUUAACUUUAGGAACUAAUCCGUGAAGCGUUUCUGCUACAUAAAUAUGAAUGAACGUAAAAAUGCUAAGAUACUAUUUCAUUUUAACAAGGUGCAUCAUGGGAUUCAGAAUUUGAUGACUUUGCAUCCGGUGUAGACCAACUUAUCAAGCUUUUGUUAAAGAGUAACUGGGCCGGGCCAUGUAGCUGGAUCAACGGUUGUGUUUUGGUUUUGGUCAAUCGCCAUCGUACUGCUCGGUACCUGGCACAAUGCCUGUCGAACUGUCGGGAGCUUUUGAUGAACAAUGUUCACACCACGUGUCUUGUUGGCUAUGGUCACGAACCACAUGAAGAAGGUAAGGCUGUUCGGUUUGAUGGCUUUGUGGUUACGCCAAAAGAUCUUUUUCUCAUGUAACUGUGAGUGAGGAAGGGUAGGGCCGGUAGGAAGGCAGGGGUUUGGGAAUCCGGGAGGAUAGGGGGCGGGAAGGGUACUGGAGACGAGAGCGGAAAGAGUGGAACAUGAGAGUUCUAAAAGGGUGGGAAGUGGGAGAAAUAAGAGGAAAUUACUAACAAUGUCUAAUACUUUGCAAUCGAAAAAGGGAUGAUGGGAAGAUGCGAAGAAAAAAGGGGCGGGAGCUGGGAAUGCAUGGUACAUGAGGCGGGGGGUUUGAAAUCCCCUGUUCCCACACCCCAUUCCCCAUUGGGGUUGGGGAUGCUGAAUGAAAACAAACACUCGAAGUUUUGAAAACAGUGCCUCAUUUCACACAUUUAAAUGGUCAGGUCUUUCUCAACCUAACAAGAUACGCUAUUCUACAGAGGCGACAACACUUUACCAUCGUCAGACGAUAACAGGAUUUGCCCUCCCUAACUUUAGCACGUUGUAUUAAGUGCGAUAACUAUCGUCAGGAACACUGCGGCAAAGUUAUCUUGUAAGGUCUGUAAAUCAUCGCGUGGCUUUGAUUCUGCGAUGAAGUGGUGAAGGGUUAUAAAAUGUUAUUAAUGUAAAAGUUUCCAUUUAAUUUUCUUUUCGUCUUUUUUUUUUAGUUUCGGAACUGGCAAUCCUUAAGCAGAGGGAAUUAAUAUCUCAAAUUGGCGACGGAUAUUGCCAAGUUGUCGUAGCCACAAAUGUGUCCGAGGAGGGCCUGGAUCUACCAGGAUGUCAGCUGGUGGUUGUUAUGAAUCCCUCAGGCUCAACCCAGGCUCUCGAGCAUAUGCGCAGCCGAUCGCGACUCAAGGAUGCCAGGUUUGUGUCCAUCUGUAGAAACGAUGACCAAGCCAAGAAAAUUGAAGAUUUACUGAAACGCGAAGAGAAUAUGAAGCGUGCUGCGCGAAUCAUCAAUGGAAUGUAA